CAGAGAGAGACAGACAGAGAGAGAGAGACUCCUGACACCUGCUCAGACACACUGGAGAAGAGGAUUUAAUCUGUGGUCCACUCCGGAGCACGAGGGGGCGGUAAUGCUCCUGAUAGGCUGGUUAAAGAAGUGGCAGAAUAAGAAGAAGAAGAAGAAGAGGAACUGUGUUGUGAUUGGACGGCGGUGGUUACGCUCAGUCUGACCAAUCAGCGAGCAGCUGGGUCUGUAUAUGAACACGCUGUCUCAGUGUGAGCGUCACUCUCUGAGUGUAACGACUCUCUGAACAGGAAACAUGUCUGGACGCGGUAAGGGUGCCGGGAAGGCCAGAGCUAAGGCGAAGAGCCGCUCCUCCCGGGCCGGGCUUCAGUUCCCCGUCGGCCGUGUCCACAGGCUGCUGAGGAAGGGCAACUAUGCGCAGCGUGUCGGUGCCGGAGCUCCCGUCUACCUGGCGGCGGUGCUCGAGUACCUGACCGCUGAGAUCCUGGAGCUGGCGGGAAACGCAGCCCGCGACAACAAGAAGACCCGCAUCAUCCCCCGCCACCUGCAGCUGGCUGUCCGCAACGACGAGGAGCUCAACAAGCUGCUCGGCGGAGUCACCAUCGCUCAGGGAGGCGUGCUGCCCAACAUCCAGGCGGUGCUGCUGCCCAAGAAGACCGAGAAGCCCGCCAAGAAGUAACCGGAAGUACCUGCACAACAACACAACACAACACAACACAACACAACGGCUCUUUUCAGAGCCACACACUCACCACACUGAAGAGCAGCUCCUCUCCUCCUCAUCUCAUUAUAACAACUCAUGUCCCUCAUCUGUCCCUUUGUCUCCUCACACUUUACAUUCAGGACAUUUACCUGCUUCACCUGUGUUUAGAAACCGGGACAAAACACACGUGACUCAUGAAUCAGCCUCCUCACUACAGACCGCUGCUCUCACACCUUCAUCAGUAAAU